UCCGGUCGCGGCAGCCUCCGUCCCUUCUCCCGCGCUCUCCGUCGAGCUGUGCGCUCUGCCCGGUCUAUGGUGCUGCCCGGAGCCCCCGGCAUCGUCAUGUCGCGCUCGGAGGAGGUGCACCGGAUCACGGAGAAUGUCUACAAGACAAUCAUGGAACAGUUCAAUCCUAGCCUCCGGAACUUCAUUUCCAUGGGGAAGAACUAUGAAAAGGCCUUGGCAGGUGUGACAUAUGCAGCAAAAGGGUACUUUGAUGCUCUGGUUAAAAUGGGGGAAUUGGCCAGUGAAAGCCAAGGAUCUAAGGAACUGGGAGAUGUUCUUUUCCAGAUGGCUGAAGUCCACAGGCAGAUUCAGAAUCAGUUAGAAGAGAUGCUGAAGUCCUUCCACAAUGAGCUACUAACACAGCUGGAGCAGAAAGUAGAACUGGACUCACGGUACUUAAGUGCUGCGCUGAAGAAAUACCAAACUGAGCAAAGGAAUAAGGGGGACUCACUAGAGAAGUGCCAAGCAGAGCUGAAGAAACUUCGGAAGAAGAGCCAAGGGAGCAAGAACCCUCAAAAGUACUCUGACAAGGAGUUGCAGUUUAUUGAAGCUAUCACUAACAAGCAAGGUGAGCUGGAGAACUAUGUGUCUGAUGGCUACAAGACAGCACUCACAGAAGAGAGACGGCGAUUCUGUUUCCUGGUGGAGAAGCAGUGUGCUGUGGCUAAAAAUGCUCUCACAUAUCAUUCCAAGGGAAGAGAAAUCUUGACACAGAAGCUUCCACUGUGGCAGCAGUCUUGUUCGGACCCCAACAAGAUCCCGGACCGUGCUGUUCAGCUCAUGCAACAGAUGGCCAUCAGCAGCAACGGGACCGUUAUGCCCAGCCCUCUUUCUACAUCAAAGUCGAACCUCGUCAUCUCUGAUCCUAUCCCUGGUGCCAAACCACUCCCAGUACCACCAGAACUGGCACCUUUUGUUGGACGAAUGUCUGCGCAAGAGACCAUUCCCGUGAUGAAUGGUGUCUCAGGCUCAGAAGGUGAAGAUUACAACCACUGGUCUGACAGGAAGCCUCCUCAGCCUAAGUCCUUUUCCCCACCUCAGCCACAGAAGCAACUGAGCGACUCUUACUCCAACACGCUUCCUGUGCGCAAAAGUGUCAUGCCGAAAAACAGUUACGCAACCACCGAAAACAAGACUCUGCCCCGCUCUAGUUCCAUGGCAGCAGGGUUGGAGAAGAAUGGCAGGAUGAGAGUACGAGCAAUUUUCUCUCAUGCUGCUGGGGAUAACACCACCCUUCUGAGCUUCAAAGAGGGAGACCUCAUUACGCUGCUAGUGCCAGAGGCCAGGGAUGGGUGGCACUAUGGAGAGAGUGAGAAGACAAAACUGAGAGGCUGGUUUCCUUUCUCCUACACCCGUGUGCUGGACAGUGAUGGGAGUGACAGGUUGCACAUGAGCCAAGGGAAAAGCAGCAGUACAGGUAACUUACUGGACAAAGAAGACAUCCCCCCUCCAGAUUACAGCAUGUCCUCCCGAGCUUUCCAGACACAGAAUGUCAGCACUUUCAAACAGAGGCCAUAUAGCGUUGCAGUGCCAGCUUUCUCCCAGGGCCUGGAUGACUAUGGAACAAGAUCCACAAGCAGCAGCAGUGGCACUUUGGUAUCUACAGUGUGAGAGAAGGAACCUUGACUAGAAAUGGCAGCUGCUGUUUGGAAGACUUUUCUGCUUCUCUGUCCCCUCCGUUUCUUUUCCUCUUCCUUCUUCUGCACAGUCCCUACACACACACAAAUACAAACCUCUUCCUUUUUCCCCGUUAAAUGUCACUCCUCCUCCUGGAAUUCUAAUUCUUGUGAUCAUCAAGGAACCCAUGGGUGCUGCUACUUCCAUUCCCUAACGUUUGCUGACAUCCUUUUCUGAGCAGAAAAAUCUCAAAACAGGAUUUCCUGGUUUUCACAGCAGCCGUCGCCACCGCCGCCUGGAUGCAGUUUACAUUUAAAGUAGAUUUAGAUGGAAAUUCUGCAUCUUUCUUUUUCUUUCUCUUUGUACUUCGUAAAUGGUUUUUUAAAAAAAAAACUGAAAAGAAAAUGCACUAUCCCUUUUCAGAGGCUUUAAUGUGAGCUGCUCAUUAAUAGGGAAACAAAUGGAGUUUUUUGUUUUCUUUUUUCGCGCGCGCUCUCUCUCUCUCUUUUUUAAAAUCCAGAAACAAAUAUGCAUGGCCUAUGGUGUACGUACUGUUAUUUCAAUGAUCCUUUUUUUGACUUUUACCAUGAUGCCAGUUUUGUCUAAUGGGAAAGGUGCAUAUUGAUGCCAGAGAGGCUCGUCACCUUCGGUGGCUCUUCAGGGCUUUCAGUAAGAAAAAAAAAAUGGGGGGUCCGUGGAUGCCUGGAGCGUGGACAGUGGUGGCUGGUUCUUAGGGAGGACUGGACUGCUCCAGCUCGUUAAGCUGAGCACCAACCCAGGAUCCAUUUUUUUAAAAAUGUUUUGUUUUAUAUAUGCAUAUAAUAUAUAUAUUAUAUAUAUAUUUUGUAGGAAGGUAUUGUUACCUCAUGGUUAGUGCUCUGGGGUAUUUGGAGUCAGGGGUUACCGAAGGGAGGGGGGGAGGACGUUCUGUUCGGUGGCACAGCUUGCCGAAUCAUUCCGAAGACUUUUAUUUCUCUAAAAUCUGAGGGCUUUCCCUCCACUGCUUCUUUUGGAUAGAAACGUGUGGCAAAACUUGCCUGAGUUUGGGGGGGAGGUGGGUCGGAUGUCAACCUGAUGGUUUUGAGAAAAACUGAAGUCUCUUCAUUUCCUAAAAUGCUGUCAAUCUUCUUUGUGUGUCUUGAUUAACUUCAGAGACAAACACGGUAGGAUUGGAAUUAAUGGCUACUGGUAUUGCUUCUUCAAUCUCUGAAUUCUGGGAAGUCAGUCACGUGGCCCCUGUUAAAGACUUAACUCUUUCAGUUCCGGUUGAAAAUCCACAGUGCAAAGCUGUAUACCAUUCUCUUUUUUUGACCCCAAUGUGAUUUUUUUAAAAGAAGAAAAAACCAAAAUAGAAUCAUAUUUGAUCUGUAUAGGAGGCUGCUGACAAUAUAAUAUUGACUAUUUGUAUAUAUGAAAGAUCUAUCUACACACAUAGCAAAGUUUUUUUGUUUUGUUUUAUAUAAUAGACCUGGGGCAUAUGUAAUUACAAAAAAAAAAACACCCUCCUUGCAUUGUUCUCAUAACUUUGGUCAAAGGACUUUGAAAUCCAGGUUAUUCUGUGGUCAACCAAUGAAUGUAGAGAAGACAACGCAAAACAAAAAUACGCAAAACUUGUGUGAAGACUGUAAAAGUGCUGGGGAAAAAAACUUUUUUAAAAAAGAAAAAGCACAAAAAUUAACAAAGUCGAAGAGAAAUGUGCCCUGUACUAAGUUGUUUGAAUAAAAGUUUUGAUUUCCUCCACUGAGUUGGGUUCAGUGAUUUUUCUUCUAUUUUACUGCCUUUACUGCUGAUCAGUCGUACAGUCACCAAACUGUGGAUGUUGCCAGAUAUUUUUCAUUCAUUUAUAAUGAAGAACUUCAUUCUCUUUCAACCAGCUUUUAUUCUAUGUUUUCUUCUUUCCCUCUCCCCUCCCACCCCCAAGUUCAGUGCUUUACAGCCCAUCUUUAGAAAUAUCUGAUCUCAUUCCUGGGAGGGCAAUACAUUAUUUCCAUUUUACAGACAGACAGUUGAGGCUGAGAGAACAAUUUGCACAAGGCCAUAUGGGGCAUCCCACUUGGAUUUCUGCUGGACUUAGGGGAAGGUAUCCCACAAGUCACAUUGGUCAGCUGACAGAAUAUUAGAUUGGAUAUUUGGGAAAUUACUGAGAGUUUAAACCCGGACUAAUAUUGGUUUAUUCUGCAUAGCGGCAGUCAUGCUUAAUUGAGCCAUUAUAGUUUUGCUUAUCCAGUUGUCCUAGGAAUUAGCAGCUUCACCACGGCAGCUUAGAACCUCAUUGUGUGGCAUCUACAUCUAUGUGGGUAGCUAGCAGUGCUGUUUUGCUAGUGGCUAGCUGCUGAGAAAUAGUGGAGCCCUUGCUAAAGCUUAGAGAUGUGAGGAUACUGAGAUUGAAGUAAGGUGAGCUUGUAUCUCUGGGCCAAGCUACAAGUGACGCCUGACACAGGUUGGACACUUGUCAGCUUCCCUCAAAUUUUGAUGGGAAAUGUAGGCGUCCUGGUCUUGCAGCUUGGCUCUCCGACUGCUGUCCAAUGGACUUUUCAACUGCCGCUUGUCCAACAUUCCACCAAGCUGCCUACAUUUCCCGCCAAAACUUGAGGGAAGCUGAGAAGUGUCCAACCUGUGUCAUCCGUCACUUGUAGUUUGGCCCUUAGUGUGGAGAUACUGAAUUCGUUAAAAACCGGCCUCAUUUCUGUGACUAUCUGCUUGAAACCUUCUGUGCUGACUUGGUUUCCCCCCUCCCCCAGCUGUUUGUCACCCACGUGAUCAUCGGAAUUAUCACACGGUAGCCUGGGUUGCCUGAAGCUUUUGUCAAGCGGAGGCUCUGUGCAAUUAUCACCAGCGUGAUAGGUCUUUAUUAUGCCUUGUCACUUCAGACACCCAACUUCUUUUUCCAAAUGCCUCUGAGAUGGUCAUGUUGCUGCAGUCUAAGUAAAGGGAGAUUGCUUCCUUGAAAAAGCUAUCUGGUAGAUGUGUACUGAGACACACAUAGCAGGGAGUUGAGUUCUUAGUCCAUUCCUAGCAAUUUACAAAGGGCAAGGACUCGCAUCAUGCAACCUUUGUUACAGCGAAUCAUGCCUUUGUCAUUCAGUGGCAAUCAGUUAAUAGUAUUCUGGAGCUCUUAAAACUUCCAGAGGAGCAAAUGUACCUUUCCCAGGUCCCCGUGCCUUCAAGCUGUAAUGCGGUAAUGGUGACCAUCAGGUACCUUAGGGGCACCGUCAACUCCUUUUCUCAGUAACUGCACGCACACACCCCUCCGUCCCUCCCUCUUGUUAACUUAAGGAGUAUACAUGCAUGCCAAUUAUUGGUCUAC